AUGUCGGCCCCUAAGGAUUGUGAAUAUGAGUCGCAUCAAAAAACUCAAGAAACAUUGGCUCACCGACGAGCGGAAGCAACACCGACGCUGACUGAUGACUUGAUUGAAAUCAGUUGGAUUGAGGACAUUGGCAGCGUUCCAAUAUCGCAGCGUUCUUCGGGCGCUGUCAUUACUACAGUACAAAUUGACAAUAGCGAGUGCUGCAAAAGUGAGCUAGUAAGAUGCCAGCAUCAAAAAAUUCAAGAAACACAGGGAACUCAUCGUGAUGACCACUCUAUUGGACUGAGUCGGACUGAUGAUAUCGACUUAAAUGCUGCAACGUUACCAAUAUCGGAGGCGAAUACUGUCGCUGUGGAAAAUAUGAGCGGUCAAAGUGGAACGUCAAGAUUGGAGCAUGACAAGGUUGGCACACCCGCUGAAAAUGAACAACAUAAUUUUGUUAAAGCGAAUAUGAGUGAAGAAACCGAUGACUAUGACGAAGAGGUGUUUCAAAGUUGCAUGGAAAGUGACGAUCUGGAGAUUGUCGACUAUUCGUCCGGGGUACUUAUUAUCCGCUUUAAAAUUAGUUGUAGAAUCAUAUUGUGUUUGGUUAUAAGUUGA